UUUGACAGCUCUUUGCAAUAAAGGAGGAUUUAAGCUCUCCAAGUGGAUCAGUAAUAAUCAUGCAGUGUUGCAAACAUUUCCAGACAACAUCAAAGCAAAGGAAAUACUGGAACUAGAUUUGGAGCUUCCAAUUGAACGGGCACUUGGCUUACAGUGGUGCACUCAAGGUGAUGUCUUUAAAUUUAAAGGUUCAUUUCCAGAGCGGCUGCACACGAGAAGGGGAAUACUGUCAGUAGUAAGCUCAUUGUAUGAUCCCCUGGGUUUUCUCGCUCCCUUCAUCAUCACCGCCAAAAUGAUACUACAGGAGCUCUGCAGGAGAAACCUGAGUUGGGACGAUGCUGUUCCUAAUCAUUUCUCCAAACAGUGGACCGACUGGAUGGAUGAUCUGAAGAGGAUCUCAAAGUUUGAAGUGGACCGCUGCAUUAAGCCUAAAUACUUUUGUCCUGUUACUGCACAGCUUCACCACUUCUCUGAUGCCAGCCAAGUGGGAUAUGGUACAGUGUCAUAUCUAAGAUUAAAAAAUGAGCAUCAUGUACACCUAGCAUUCCUCCUGGGAAAGGCAAGAGUUGCUCCUCUUAAGCAGACAACCAUUCCUCGUUUGGAGCUGACUGCAGCCGUCCUCGCUGUUCGAAUGGACCAACUACUACACAGAGAGUUGCAUCUUGAGCUUGAGACAUCCGUUUUCUGGACUGACAGUACCACUGUCUUAAAGUACAUCUGCAGUGAAGCAAAGAGGUUUCAUACCUUUGUUGCUAACAGAGUGUCCAUCAUCAGAGAUGCUACGCAAACUGAUCAAUGGAGAUAUGAAAGACAAAAAUGGAUGAGACCGAGAAGAAACAUCACUGUUGGAGAUAUUGUCCUGAUUGCAGAUGCGACAGCACCCAGAGGAUGUUGGCAGAUGGGGAGAGUCCUGGCUGUCAACGCUGAUGCACGAGGACUGGUUCGUUCAGUGCAACUUCGGACCAAAACCAGUGUGCUGGAGAGACCAGUGACGAAGCUCUGCUUGCUUUUAGAAGCAUCUGAGGACUAAGGACAUUUAUUCUCUCUUUUUCUUUCUCUCUUUCUUUCUCUCUUUUAUCCAAUCUCUUUGCAGGUUAAUAA